UCUUUGGGCCAGCACAGAAAUGCGUCGUCGACGACGGCGAUGCUCAGUGUCCGGACAGUUGGGGAACCAGUUAGACGGGCGAUUGGCAGAGUGGCAGAUAACUAAAUGCGCACCUCACCCACCUCGGCAUUACGUCUCGUUGUGCGUGCUGUAAAAUAUAUAAAAAUAACAUCGCCUUGUCUCGCUUUGAACAAGAAAAACAUUCUCGAUAAGGCAACAAAACAGUUGCGGCGCACACUUCGGACCGAGAGCUACGAGAGGGCAGUGCCGCAGUGAGCUCACUCCGGCGGAAUCCCAGUGCCAGUCCGAAUCGGAGUCUCAGCCAGAAUGCCCGAUAAUAGCAACAAGUUCUGCGCCACCAACGAUGUGAGCAUUCCCAGCUGGAUCAACGAGGCCUACUUCAAGCGGCUAUUGAAGCGGGAGUUUCGGGACUUUCGCCGCAUCCUCAACCUCUCGAUCAUUCCGGCCACGCCUCCCGGGGAGACCUACACCUCGCUGCUGAUGCGCAUCGUCAUCGAUAUAGAGAUGAAAGAUGGCUUCUCCCAACAAAAAUCUUACAUAGUAAAGACCAUGCUGGACGAUGUCCGCGGAAAUGGUGGCUUUGUCAACACUCUAAAUAUCUUUCCCAAGGAGAAGAUGAUGUACGAGACCAUAAUUCCGCAGCUGGAGCAGCUUUACGAGGAGGCCGGACUUACGGUGAAGUUUGCUCCCAAGUGCCAUUGGGCGGAAGAGCUCAAUGGAAGGAUCUGCCUAGUGCAGGAGGACUUGAGGACCAAGAAGUAUGGCAAUAUAAGUCGCCUCAAGGGAUUUGACAUGGCCCAGAUGCAACGUGUCCUGGAGAAGCUGGCCGAGUUCCAUGCGGCCAGCGCAGUGUGGCAUCAACGGAAUGGACCCUUUCCCGAAGACUUUCAGCGCAUCUACCUGCCCGCCAACUACAACAAAUCUAAGUCGUACCAAGCGCGUGUCCAGAGCUACAAGGCGGCUAUGGCCAGUUGGGGUCUCACCGAUCACGAGCAGUAUGUGAAUCGAAUACCCACGGCUGAUCAGUUUGUGCAAUCCUAUGCCCGCUGCUUCAACAAUAAUCCGCAGGAGUUCAAGGUCCUGAAUCAUGGAGAUUUCUGGUCGAGUAACAUAAUGCUUAGCUAUACUCAGUCUGGGGAGAUUAACCAGCUGCGCUUCGUGGACUUCCAGAUGUGCAAGUGGGGCAGUCCUGCCCAGGAUCUGUGGGAGCUGAUUAUUUGCUCGGCCAAGCAUAGUAUAAGAAUCCAGCAAUUUGAUUGUUUCAUCAGGAUAUAUCACAGUCAUCUGGUGCGCUGCCUGAAAAUCCUCAAUUACGGCGAACGAAUGCCCAUGCUCAGGGAGCUGCACAUGAAAAUGAUCAAAUACGGAUUUUGGGGUUACUUUACAACCUUUACACAUUUGGUGUUCAUCUUGCUGCCCGUGGACACGGAGGCUAGUUUAGUGAAGCUCACGCAGCCUGGCGAGGAGGGGGAUUGCUUCCGGUCCAAGGUCUACACGAAUCCCCUCUACGUGAGGUCUGUGCUCAGUAUAUUCCCCUUCCUCUACAGGCGUGGCAUUCUGGACUUUAAAUGAUACUCUACUUCUACUUAAAAAGUCUUUUUAAGGAUUUUUUAACAAUUUCCUAUUUAAUUUAACAUAUAUGCGAAUUAUUCUGAAAACCGGAACAGUAAUGUAUCUAUUCCUACUGUAUCUUUAUCUCUAAUGGAAGCGCCUUUGCGGCAACGUUGACUAUCUUAAUGAAUUAUCUUUUGUUUAGCUAGCAACAAAGUAUGUUAAUAUUUCUUAAAGAAAAUAAGCCAAAGAAAUGAAGUGUGUUUUA